AUGGCUGAAGACGACGACUGCAGCAAAUCAUCUGCAUCGCAUCAUCCUAAUCCCCUGUUCGAUGAUGCGGGACCACUGGCUGAUCCGCAAGAACGCAGAGUUAUCUUUGCAGCUCUCGAUUCAUUCCACCAGUACCGCCAGAACGCGCACUAUAACACAACCCAUCGGCGACGUCAAAACCUCUACGCCCUGCCGUCCUCGCAAUGGCAAAUGCUUGCUUCGCCCCCCCUUUCCAUCUUGGAGACUCUCAACGCCGUCGAUGAUGCACUGGACCACAACGCCGACCUUGCCGACGAGAUAGUCCACCUAGGUUUGGCUGCUUUCGGGCUGCCAGAAACCCCACCUAAGGACUCGGUGGUGGACUGGCAAGGUAAAGCCAGACCCAACGACAUAUCCAAAGCGCAUUCGACGAUCCGACAGUUCUACCGAGACUGGUCUCAUGAGGGCUUCACGCUCGAAGUCGAACCUCUCCUCAAGACCGUCGUCGCUGACCUUGAAUCAUAUACACAAUUAAUUCAGAUCAAUGCCCCACCUCCAUCCCUUCUCCUCCCUGGUGCAGGACUAGGUCGGCUCCUCUUCGAGCUCGCUCUGCGCGGCUACAACGCGACAGGAAAUGAAAUCUCCUACCACCAACUCCUCGCCAGCAAUUUCAUCUUGAAUGCGACCCAAACUGCAAACCAAUACCAGAUAUACCCCUUCUGCCAUACCUUCACAAACGUCAUCUCUCGCGCGUACCAAUUAGAGCGCCAUACCAUUCCAGAUGUCCAUCCAGGCGAAGCCUUCUCCAAGGGCCUUGCCGCGGCUUUACCCGUCGGCGAGAUGAACAUGACCGCCGGUGACUUUGUGCUGUCUUAUUCGACGCCCGAAAGCAAGGAUACGUUCGACGGAGUCGUGACAGUGUUCUUCAUCGACACGGCCCCCAACCUGGUCCGAUAUAUCGAGACGGUCCGGAAUUGUCUGAGAACUGGUGGUGUCUGGGUCAACAUCGGACCCUUGUUAUGGCACUUUGACGACCGUGCCCCUGGUGGUGCUCACAACCGCGAUGAUGAAAAUGACCAUGGCGCCGAUGACCAAGACGCGAGGACCUCAAGCCAGCACAAGCGUGACAUCGACUUUGAAGACAAGGGCAUCGCCGAGCCGGGCUCAUUCGAGCUCACCGACGAGGAAGUCAUCUUGCUCGUCUCCCGGAUGGGGUUCGAGAUGGUCAAGCACGAGCUUCUACCCGCCCAUUCAGGAUACAUACAAGACCCGCAUAGCUUGCUGCAGAACCGAUACAGAUGCAGCCACUGGGUAGCGAAAAAGGUAGACGCGGACCCAUCACUGUAG